UUACUGUCAGAUCGAUGAAAGCAAGCAACAUUAAUUGCAAAACAGCGUGCCAUUAAGAUGAAUGCUGCUUACUGAGGUUCUUGGAAGAGAUCUGAUUCUAUGUGUCGUCGUCGAAAUUAAUUUUCAGAUAGACUUUGUACUACAAAAUCAGUCAUGUACGUCUAAAUCACACUCAUCUAUGACAUAACAGCUGUCAUCGACAGACAGGACUUAAUUUAAUGCAGGGCCAUCAUGAUAUUGGAGGUCUAAGUUGACCUCAUGCAGAUUUACAUCUAAUAUCGAGUGCGAAGGGUGUAGACAGCCUGCUCCCAAGGUACCCUUACAUCAUUCACUGCAAAUCAAGUUGGAAAAGACAAACCAGAAAUUUCUAGCUAUUCACUGCAGACCACUCUGAGCUUCUUCUUGAACCAUGUGACACUUCGAUUUUCGGUGUAGCGAAACUGCAAUCGAGUGCUUCGGAAUAUUGUGGACUUUAACCUCUAAUAAUUCAUUAUAACUAACAAGUGCAGAGCUUUAAGACUAUAUUUGGCAAGGAUUUCGAGGUUCUACGUAGUCCAGAAAAUGCCACGUAGUGCAUUGACUUUGUUCCCAGGUCAAAUUUGAUGUGGUUCACCUGUGUAAAUAUACGCUUGAUAUCGAGAAUUAUCGUGUUGAAGGCAUUCUCUAAUCUUCGUUGAGGUCUCGAUUAGUUGACAACAGAGGCAAUCCAGGUCUUGAUUCUUGAUCUUAAUAAACCUUGGCACAAGCUGGUAAACCAUGGAGCCUGGUGCAGAUGACACCAUCCAAUCCAUCCAUGCAGAAGAAAUUGCGUUUUUGAUGCAGGGAGAUGGAGCGUCCGUUUUGGAAGAGACUAUCGCUCACGUGCAAUUUUUACAAUAUCAGAAGAUACAGCUGGAGAAAGUGAAACAAGAAAAGUUGUUGAAGCUCAAGCAUCAGAAAAAUGAAACGGCUGAGGUCCAGGCAUCAGAGCAAAGCGGAGAAGUGAACUUUCAAUGGCUGAAGAAGACCUCCAGUCAUGGCACAGAAGUUGACAUGCGCAUACUUCAGGAUGAGAUCCAUGUCAGUAUAGUUCAGCAACAUCUGCCGAGGUUCCUACUGCGCAUGGUGACAGUUCUUGAAACAAAGCUGAAACUUGAUAUCAUGAACGCCACCGGGAGCGUCAUCGAUGGUUUUGACGUCUACAGUUUCAAAGUUAAAAUAAAGGGAAAUUCAUGUGCUAAGGCGAGCGAAAUAAUGAACAAGAUCUUGGAUAACGUGGACUCGGUGUUUUGAAGACGAAGAGUUGACGUGCUCUUAUAGUAAUUUUUAGUUGGGAAAUACAGCAUCAGCAGCAUUCGCUUUCUCUGCAUCAAACGUAGCUGUGAUGUCCUAAACUGAUAACUUAGAGAUCGCAGUUGUCAACUAGCUGUGUGUUUAGACAUGUUCCUGCGGAUUUUCAGGUUCAAGGUGAAAGACUUAUAGCGCUACUAGUUAGAUUUUCACUCAUCUACUUUCACUUUUCCAUGAAAUGCAUGCUCUAAGAACGACACCAAAUUGCUAAACACACCUGUCCAGAUAGGGGAUUUUUUAUUUUAGCUCCAUAACGUUACUGGCGUUUUGACCAGGUGUACUAGUCGAAACAGGAGAAAUAUAAUCUGAUGAUGAUACGUAGUUCAGUUAAUCAUGCCAACAACCAAAGAUUUUAUUGACAAGUUAUUUUUUGCGCUGUCAGUCUGAGCUUUAGGAGUUGCAAGAGAGUCCACUUUUUUAUAUCCAUGAUAUUUGCAGAUCAAGCGACAGUGGCUGUGAGGGAGGCUCGAGUUGCCAAAGCCCAGGAAGCUCUUAACUAAAUGUUUUGUUUGUGGAGUAUACAUAAGGGAGACGCUUUCAUAGCACCUAAGAUUUUGAGCGUAUUCUUCAUUCCUGAAGAAUUAGAACUCGAGGGAGACGG